AUGAUAUCAAAUAAUUCAAGCCUAAUUUGUAUAGAAAAGGAUUGCAAGUUAAAUAGAGUAAUCACUAAUUGGAAUGAUUUAUAGAUACAUUAUCAAAACAAGCAUAAAGUUUAUCCUUUAGAUAAAUUUGAAAAAAAAGUUCAUUUAAAACUAAAUCAAUUCAAUUAGAAAUUUAGAAAGUAGAUAGAGGAAAAUAUUUCUUAAUUAAUUGCACAAUAAGAAUAAGAAAUUAUUGAAAGAGUUAAGACAUUAUAUUAGGAUUUCGAAAAGUAAAAUAAUUGAAUGGAUUUUUUUUUAGAAUUUGUUACAAAAUUUUACACGAAUAAACUAAUGUGAAUGAAAAAUUAGAAGGAUUAUUUUCUAAUAAUUAAUAAGAAAGUGUUUUACAAAAAUAUAUUGAUAUUUAUUAUUCUUAAAUACGAUCACCUUAAUAAUAUUAAGUGGAAAGGCUUUUAGAUGAAUUUCAGUAUAAAUUAAAUGGAAUAACAAAUGAUUUAUUGCAUUUUAUUUAUUAGGUAGAGCAGAGCUAAAAUUUGGAAAGUUUGAAUAAUUUCCCCUAGAAAAAUUAGGAUUUUGAAUAUCAAUCCCAUUAUUAUUUCAAUUAAUAAAUGAAGAUGUAAUAAAAGUAAUAUAAUUAUGAAUAUCCAUAAUAAGAAAAUAAUUUUGUUGCUUAAUUAUAGGAAUAAGACGAUUAAAAUAAUAUUCCUUUAAGAAAUUAUAAGUAUAUACGAAAUUAACAAUAAUAUUAUUCUUAAAAAGAUUCAUUAUAAUAAUCACAAUAAUAGUAAUUAUCUAAUUCUGCGAUACCUUUAGAAGAAUAAUAAUAAAAAAAUUAGUAUACUGCAUAUUUUCCUAAAUCUGAGAUGAAUACUGAUAAUGACAGAAUAAAAUUUCAAUUGCCAUCAGAAACCAUUUACAAUUAAAAAAAUAAUAAUUUAAAAGAUAGAUUGGAUAAUUUUGGGAGUCAAAAAUAAAUAUAAAAUGAUACUCUAAAUUAAAUAUAGGAAGAUAAUUAAUAUAAAAUAUAGGAUGAUAAUUAAAAUAAAAUAUAGGAAGAUAAUUAAAAUAAAAUAUAGGAAGAUAAUUAAAAUAAAAUAUAGGAAGAUAUUUAAAAUAAUGAUUUAAAUUAAAGUAAGUUGAAAUCAAGAUAGAAUUAAGAGUAUGAAAUAAAAUAGAAUUUAUAAAAGCAAAAUCAAUAAAUAGGGGUAGAUGAAUAUAUAGUAAAUGAUGAAACAAAAGAUAAUAAGGCUUAGAAGAAAAUUAAUAUAGUUGGCAAAAAGUUUGAUAUUACAAACUCAGAUAAACAUUUAAAAUACUCAUUAAGAUUUACUUAAUUUUCUUGUGUUUAAUAAGGAGUUGCUUUGGUUGAAGGAGCUUUUACAUUAAAUGAUAAUGCAAAAGUAAAAUUCAAAUUAACAGAGAGAUUUGAUAAAGUGCUUGUAAAAAUAAUAAUUAUUAUAGACAGCUUCAUUUGGAAUAUAGAAUGUAGACAAUUAAGGAAAAAAGCUUGGUACUUUGAACUUUUUCAUGGAUUAAUCUGGAUGUAUGUAAUAUAAAUUAUGUUUAGUGUUAUUUAAAAAUGAAAAGUAAAGGUAGGGAUCAUUAAAAAUAGGAUUAAAUGAAGAAUUAAUAUUGUCAUAUAGAGCUGAAAAAAGACUAUUAAUGUUCAGAAAAUAAGAAACGGCGGUAAAAUUUAUUUUUCCCUUUAGGAAUACCUUCAUAUAGAGGGGAGCAUAUCUGGAUGUUUCAAAUUUUAUGUUAAGUUAUAUGGAUUAUAAGUUUAGAUAAUUAAAUGA